AUGGCGGCUCAGAACAACUUCCGGUUCAACCCCAACAGCUCCAACAGAUCCAACAGAUCCAAUAGCUCCAACAGAUCCAACCGAUCCAAUAGCUCCAACAGCUCCAACAGAUCCAAUAGCUCCAACAGAUCCAAUAGCUCAAACAGAUCCAACAGCUCCAACAGAUCCAACAGAUCCAAUAGCUCCAACAGAUCCAACAGCUACAAUAGAUCCAAUAGCUCCAACAGAUCCAAUAGCUCCAACAGAUCCAACAGCUCCAACAGAUCCAAUAGCUCCAACAGAUCCAAUAGCUCAAACAGAUCCAACAGAUCCAACAGAUCAAAUAGCUCCAACAGAUCCAACAGCUACAAUAGAUCCAAUAGCUCCAACAGAUCCAAUAGCUCCAACAGAUCCAACAGCUCCAACAGAUCCAAUAGCUCCAACAGAUCCAAUAGCUCAAACAGAUCCAACAGCUCCAACAGAUCCAACAGAUCAAAUAGCUCCAACAGAUCCAACAGCUACAAUAGAUCCAAUAGCUCAAACAGAUCCAACAGCUACAAUAGAUCCAAUAGCUCAAACAGAUCCAACAGCUACAACAGAUCCAACAGAACCAAUAGCUCCAACAGAUCCAACAGCUCCAACAGAUCCAACAGAUCCAACAGAUCCACAGCUGAGGAUGUCAGCAACACCUGGCAGGUCGCCCUGCUGGAGCGGAAUGGAACCAGCCCUCGUUGGCAGGUCGCCCUGCUGGAGCGGAAUGGAACCAGCUCUCGUUGGCAGGUCGCCCUGCUGGAGCGGAAUGGAACCAGCCCUCGUUGGCUGGUCGCCCUGCUGGAGCGGAAUGGGACCAGCCCUCGUUGGCCGGUCCCAUUCCGCUCCAGCAGGUGGGGAAGGGGGAGAGGAAGGCAGAGGGUCGCCGUGCUGGAGCGGAAUGGGACCAUCCCUCGUUGGCAGGUCGCCCUGCUGGAGCGGAACGGGACCAGCCCUCGUUGGCAGGUCGCCCUGCUGGAGCGGAACGGGACCAUCCCUCGUUGGCAGGUCGCCCUGCUGGAGCGGAACGGGACCAUCCCUCGUUGGCAGGUCGCCCUGCUGGAGCGGAACGGGACCAGCCCUCGUUGGCAGGUCGCCCUGCUGGAGCGGAACGGGACCAGCCCUCGUUGGCAGGUCGCCCUGCUGGAGCGGAACGGGACCAUCCCUCGUUGGCAGGUCGCCCUGCUGGAGCGGAACGGGACCAGCCCUCGUUGGCAGGUCGCCCUGCUGGAGCGGAACGGGACCAGCCCUCGUUGGCAGGUCGCCCUGCUGGAGCGGAACGGGACCAGCCCUCGUUGGCAGGUCGCCCUGCUGGAGCGGAACGGGACCAUCCCUCGUUGGCAGGUCGCCCUGCUGGAGCGGAACGGGACCAGCCCUCGUUGGCAGGUCGCCCUGCUGGAGCGGAACGGGACCAGCCCUCGUUGGCAGGUCGCCCUGCUGGAGCGGAAUGGGACCAGCCCUCGUUGGCAGGUCGCCCUGCUGGAGCGGAACGGGACCAGCCCUCGUUGGCAGGUCGCCCUGCUGGAGCGGAACGGGACCAGCCCUCGUUGGCAGGUCGCCCUGCUGGAGCGGAAUGGAACCAGCCCUCGUUGGCAGGUCGCCCUGCUGGAGCGGAAUGGGACCAGCCCUCGUUGGCAGGUCGCCCUGCUGGAGCGGAACGGGACCAGCCCUCGUUGGCAGGUCGCCCUGCUGGAGCGGAACGGAACCAGCCCUCGUUGGCAGGUCGCCCUGCUGGAGCGGAAUGGGACCAGCCCUCGUUGGCAGGUCGCCCUGCUGGAGCGGAACGGGACCAGCCCUCGUUGGCAGGUCGCCCUGCUGGAGCGGAACGGAACCAGCCCUCGUUGGCAGGUCGCCCUGCUGGAGAGGAAUGGGACCAGCCCUCGUUGGCAGGUCGCCCUGCUGGAGCGGAACCGGACCAGCCCUCGUUGGCUCCUUGCGGACUUAAUGCCAGUUCUUGUGUGAACAGGGUCACUUCUCAAUAGGUCGUGCAGUCACUCGGAGACAUCCAGAAGUCAAGGUUGUAAAAGGAGUUCUUGGUUGUAAAGCCACAUUAAAAGGGCCACAUAGCUCAGCUCAAUAAAGCCAAUGCACACUCAACACAGUGGGGGGCCAGCCUGAGGCCCGUUGGCGUCGUGAUCAGUUCUUUUUUUCUAUUUGCAUUUCCAUCUUCAAUCAGUCACAGACUGUUAGAGGUGGUCUAAUGUCCCCUGAAUGCUUAUUAUUUCAUAUAGCAGAAGUGUGUUCAAAUUGUGUAGGGUGAGGUCAGAAAGAGAUUGGUUUCUGACUGAAUGCUACAGCAGCUGGAUUAAGAUGUUUGCUUACUUUAUUUUAUAUAUAUAUAUAUAUAUAUAUAUAUAUAUAUAUAUCAUUUUUAUU